GAAAAACAAUCAAAAACACUUCAACUUCAAAGCUCGCGGUACGCUUAGCUCAUCGAGACUCGCCUGCGUGUAUAUAGUUAGUAGACGUUGUAAACUGUGAACUUGAAUUGUCUGUAUUAGCAUCAGAGACCUGAGAAUAUUGCCAUUGUUCAACGUGUGUCGUAAAGAACGUUGUUGUUCUAAGUGCUUUUUGCUGCUGUAAUUCCAAUUCAACUGUUGAAAACGAAAGUGUUUUUGGUGUAUUCAUUCAACAACGGUUGGUUGAACGCGAAGCUUGUGCGGGUGUGUGUGUGUGCGCGUUUGUUUUUGGUUGGCGGAAAAGUUUGUAAAACAUCUAAAAGCGGUUUAAAGUACAUACUUAAGUGUUUGGCGAAAAUGUGUUCGAGCGUUAAGUUGGCAGUUGCGUUGCUGUGCGUGGGUGUCCUGGCGGGAAUUUCGGCAGAGGAAAGCACAAAUGCCGAAAGCACGAAUGCAGCAGUUCAACAAGAUCUAACCACUUCGGGCACUUCAGCGAAAUUGUUCAACUUGGGCAGCUUAUUUGGUCAGAGUCCCGGCUACGGUUACGGUAAUGGAUAUGGCUAUGGUUACGGCAACAACUACUACCCCAGCGCCAAUAGGCCGACAACCUAUUAUCCUUACAGGAACAACUAUUACCCCACCACCAGCACAUACCCCAGCAACUACUACCCGAGCAAUUAUUAUCCAAGCAACGGCGGCUGGAGCGGCAGCAACUACCCCAACUACGCCUCUAAUGGCGGCUAUUAUCCCAGCGCUGGCGGCUAUGGCUAUAAUUAUGGCAGCACCACCGGCACGGGCGGCUACUACCCCAGCACGGGCACCAAUAUUCUAGGCGGAAAUGGCGGUUACGGCGGCUAUGGAGGUAAUGGCGGUCUGCCUGAGUACUAUGGCUAUUAUAAUCCACAAUACACUGGUCAGCGCAAUCGUGGUUACGGUUAUUACGCCAAUACCGAUCGCUAUGGCUUGCCACGCUAUGAUGGCGGCUAUAAUGAUCGCCCUUAUGGUGGGCGUGGUGGUUAUGGCACUUAUCGUGGCUACGAUUGAUGCGGACCUUGUGUGUGCGUGUGGAUUGAUUUGAAGUUUGUAAAUUUCUGUUUUGUUUUUUAAUGUUUUCUAUGUGUUUUGCUUUAUUGCUGUUGUUGGCUUAGUAAUGCUCUCGAAAUGCGAUAAUAAACUUGCUUCUUGCAUGUAAA